CGACCAGUGGGCACAAGGCCAACUUGAGUGGAGCCGGUUAAAAUGGCGGUUCGGACGAUGCAGACAGUGCAGGCAGUUCACCUUGAGUCAGAUGCUUUCCUGGUUUGUCUCAAUCACGCUCUGAGCACAGAGAAGGAGGAGGUGAUGGGUCUGUGUAUAGGGCAGUUGAAUGAUCAUGGGAGGAGUGAUUCCAAGCUUGCGUAUGCCGGAGCUGAAAUGGGCCCAAUUGCGAAAAAGAUGGGUGCCAUCAGAAUUGUUCACAUUCAUUCUGUUAUUAUCUUGCGACGUUCUGAUAAGACAAAGGACCGAGUAGAAAUUUCUCCAGAGCAACUGUCUGCAGCCUCAAUAGAGGCAGAAAGACUAGCUGAGCAGACAGGCCGCCCCAUGAGAGUUGUCGGCUGGUACCAUUCCCACCCUCACAUAACCGUUUGGCCUUCUCAUGUCGAUGUCCGUACACAAGCCAUGUACCAGAUGAUGGAUCGAAGCUUUGUAGGACUGAUUUUUGCUUGUUUCAUAGAAGACAAACCCACAAAGAUUGGCCGUGUACUCUAUACCUGCUUCCAGUCUGUACAAGCGUCAAAGAGUUCAGAAUAUGAGAGACUUGAAAUCCCAAUCCAUAUUGUGCCUCAUGCCACCAUUGGGAAAGUGUGCCUGAGGUCAGCAGUCGAGCUGCCAGGGAUCCUAUGUCAGGAAGAACAAGAUGCCUAUAGGAAGAUUCACGGCCUUACACAUCUGGACUCAGUAACCAAGAUCCAUAAUGGCUCUGUAUUCACCAAACAUCUGUGCAGUCAGAUGUCUGCGGUCUGUGGGCCUCUCCUACAGUGGUUGGAGGACAGACUGCAGCAAAAUCAGCAGCGUUUACAGGAGUUGAAACAAGAAAAAGAAGACCUUAUGGAAGAGCUGUCUUCCCUAGAAUAAAGCAAAAGAACAAAAAAUUGGGCAAGUAUUUACUUGGCAUACAGUUUAUAAACUAAUUCAUUUCAACUAAUUUUGACAAAGUACCAAGGUGACCCAAGGAAGAAAGGGCAUGUGCUUCAGCUAAUUGAACCUCUACUGGCCAACAAAAUAAAAUCUAACAGUACGCCAGAAUGUUUCAUGGGUUUAAAGUAAAAUGGGGAACCUUCUAGGAAGAAAAAAAUCAUAUUAAAAAAAUCUUCAGGAGAAAACUUUAAGUUCUUUUAAGUUUUUAAGUUAACUUUGGAGUUUUUUUUUUUUUUUAACUUUAGCUGAAAUGUAUAAUCCAGAAGAAAACAGAGUAGAUAUGCUGGACUUUACCAAAAUUAAAACAACUUCAUUUUGUUUAAAAAAGAAGGAGGGAGGAGGAAGAGGAAGAGGAAGAGGAAGAGGAGGAAGAAGAGGAGGAGGAAGAGGAGGAGGAGAAAAACAACACAGGAAUUUACUUGCAUUCUCUAACAACUAUGGGAAAAUAGUAUAUGAUCAAAACUCAAAUGCAAAACAAUCAAGGAGGACAUUAGAAGACAUAAAUAGACAUUUUCUACAAAGAACAUGUGUAGAUGGCAGGUCAUGUUAUAAAAAUAUGUUGAACUUCUUAAGUCACUGAAGAAUGCAGAUUAAAACUAGAGUGUGACAUAGCAUGCACUUGACAAGAUGGCUGAAGCGAUGAUAGUGAAAAUACCAGAUGCUAUUAAGGACAGGAACUAUAUCUCUCUUACAGCAAUGACAAGGAUGUGAAGUACAACUACUCUGCAGAAGAAUUUCGAAAUCUUUGAUAAACUUAAAUAUAUACUUAACAUACAA